CAGCGCCCGUUCUCUGACUUGGAAGAUUUAGAGCAGCACUUUUUUGCCUUUACCGAUGCUCUUCCACAGUCAGGAAGUCUUCAGGCCCUUGUGUCCGGCCCUCUGCGACAUCAAAGCCCCCCUGAGAGCAAAGGACUUUGAAAAGAUACGAAACGCUCGGGCUCCCUUAUCGCGUCCCUGCUCCCUCCCGAGCAAGUCGUAAAUUCCGAGCCUCUGCGGCCUCUCCCCACCGCUCUUCUUGCUCCAAGGUCUCAAAGGACAAACUUGUCACUUCCCGCCCCGCCCCUGGGUCCUGGCCGAGGCCGAAUGAAGCGGGGAUGGAGGGGCGCGACGUUUGGGAUGGGUUGGAGGGACGGGUGCGGGGGGCGCCCUAGCCUCCCGACACCCCCAGUUGCCCCUCCUCACGUCCUGGGACCCUGCUUCCCUCGGAUACCCCUCGGGGCGCGGUACCGCGCUCCCGCCGCGUGUCUGUGCUUCUCCGCAGGCCAGGAGGGCGUCCUGCGCUGCCACCCGGACCUGGCGGGCCGCGAGCUGCAGCGGGGCGAGCUCAGCGCCGAGUCGCAGCGGGAACAGAGCGCCGCGGGCCUCACGAGCCUGGGCGCGGCCGAGCGGCUCUGGCUGGCCGAGCUCAACGCGCAGUACCGCGCGCGCUUCGGCUUCCCCUUCGUGCCCGCCGCGCGCCUCAGCGACCGGGCGGCGGUGCCCCGCGAGCCGGCGCGCCGGCUGCACUGCCCACCGGCGCAGGAGCUGAGCACCGCACUGGGGGAGGUGAAGAAGAUCGGCCGCCGGCGUCUCGCCGACCUCCUCGGGAGCCACGCCGCCGAGCCGUAGCGGCCGCGCCAGCCAGGGACCCGGGACGCACGUCGUGACGCGCGGGGGCCGCGGGCGCGCGCGCUGCUAUUGGAACAGCGUCCACACCCGCGCACAAAGGCCGGGGAGAACCGAGGCAGUCGCACGAAUAAUAAGCCCUUUUGUCCACCUACCCGCAUGCUCACGCUUUGCCAAAAUAGAUAGUUUCGUGCUUUGCGCCCCCCUCUCCCCGCGCCGCCCCCGAUUUAUCCAGCUCGCUGCUCCAAUUCUUCACUCCCUUAGCGGCCCGCUGACACCACCAGCUUUUGCGGAUUCCAGGGCGCUAAUCCAGCUCUCUCUGGCUCCCCACCCUCUCCUGCCAAACCCCAGGCGCAAAGCAAAAAGGACGGAAAAGGAAGCGUUUACUCCGCAGCGGUUUGUCUGUUUCUUUUUUCUUCUCCCACCUUAGUUGCUGCACACGACAUUUAAUGUGAGUGGAAGCGUCUCUCUGGAGCUUCUGGAGUCCACAGGAGCCAGAGCUGGGACAGCAAAGCGCCGGGGAAGCAGCGUGCGGGGGGGACGGCGAGCAGGCCAGAGCCCCGCAGGGGCCGGCGUUGCGGAGGCGCCCCUUGGAUCAGAGAAGCCUGGGAGCGGGGGCUCUCUAGGAUGGACGGGCCUGAAGGUCAGGGCCAGCGGCCUCCCGUCUCUCCCGGAGGUGGGCCCAGGAGAGCUGGUUUGUCAGAGUCCCUGGAAACCAU